AUGCAUAAAGCAUUUGUAAGGGAUAACCCUUGGGUGCUGCUUGGGGAUUCUAAUUCAGCACUAAAUCUAGAAGAUAGCAGUUUCGGGUCUUCGAACAUUAGCAUUGGAAUGCGUCAGUUCAAGCAACGUGUUGAAGACAUUGAGAUGAUAGAUAUAAAUUGUUCAAGAUUUCACUACACUUGGACUCAGAAACCUAAGAAUGGGACGGGAAUUCUGAAAAAAAUUGAUAGAGUUAUGGGUAAUAUCCAGUUUGUUCGUGCGUUUUUAGCUGCACAUGCGGUUUUUCAACCUUAUAGAAUAUCUGACUACUCUCUGUGUAUUCUGGAAAUCCCAAAUGUUUCUAGAGAUCGGCCGAAGCCUUUCAAAUUUCCUAAUUUUCUAGUGCAUAAGGACGAGUUCAAGGAUAUGGUGCAAGCCCAUUGGAAUAAAAGUAUUGAUGGCUGCAAAAUGUAUAGGGUGGUCAGAAAGCUUAGAAGCUUAAAACACCCUAUAAGAAGUCUCUUAUUUAAACAGGGGAACCUUCAUAAUCGGGUCUCCAAACUUAGAGAGGAGCUUGAUAAAAUCCAAAAAGCUAUAAACAUGGAACCGGGAGACGAAACUCUUAGAAAUCAGGAGGUUGACAUUUUAAACAAAUUCAAAGAAACAACUCUUGAUGAAGAAAGAUUUUUAAAGAAAAAAGCUAAGAUUGAAUGGCUCGAGGAAUAUGAAGGAAGUGAUGUGCCUAAUGCUCUUGUGACUCAUUACUCAAACUUUCUAGGGGUUGCUGGACCAGGGAUGGAGUUUGAGUCGGAAGAUGAUGAAAUUAAAGAAGCCAUGUUUUCUGUUGAUGAUAAUAAAGCUCCGGGGUGUGCUUUCAAAGUUGAUAUUCAGAAGGCAUACGAUAAGGUUGAUUGGGAAUUUUUGAGGGUGAUUCUGGGCAAAAGGGGUUUAAGACAGGGUGAUCCCAUGUCACCGUAUCUCUUUGCUCUUGUUAUGGAAGUAUUAACAUUAAUCUUGCAGAAAUUGGUCAGAGAAUCUCCUCACUUCAGCUUUUAUAACCAAUGCAAAGAGGAGCAAAUUAUUAACCUUUGUUUUGUAAAUGAUCUUUUCCUCUUUGCUAGGGGUGACCUUGCAUCUGCCAAAUUUGAAGAAGGGUCACUGCCCAUUAGGUAUCUCGGAGUUCCAUUGAUUUCAUCACGUUUGGUGUAUAAGGAUUGCAAGGUUCUAUUAGAAAGGAUGCAAGCUAUGAUCACUCAUUGGAAAAACAAGUCGCUUUCUUUCGCAGGAAGGUUACAACUCAUUAAUUCUUUCUUAUGUUCGAUGCACAUCUAUUGGGCGUCAAUUUUUAUUCUUCCGAUUAGUAUUCUUCAUGAGCUUGAGAAGAUGAUGCGUGGUUUUCUUUGGUGCCAAGGCCCCAUGGCAAAAGGAAAAGCGAAAGUGGCUUGGAAAGACUGUUGUCUUCCAAAAUAUGAGAGGGGACUAGGUUGUUCUUGGGGAUGGAGGAAAAUCUUAUUGUUAAGAGACUUCAUUAGACCUCAUAUUAAAUACCGAAUUGGGAAUGGAGACACUACUUCAGCAUGGUUUGAUUUUAGGUUAGAUAUUGGUCCUUUGUGUAACUACAUAUCAAAUAGAGAGAUUAUACGAGCUGGAUUUAAAAAGGAAUGCCUGAGUGUGGAACUUGGUAAAGCCUCUUGCUAUGAUGCAGCACGUUUCAUGCAAAUGGGAUGA